GUGGCGGCUCGUGCCGGGUGAUGCUAGGCGUAUCCCUGGGCUCCAGGCUGUUGCGGGGCGUAGGUGGCAGGCACGGGCAGUUCGGGGCGCGAGGUGUUAGCGAAGGUGGCGCAGCCAUGGCGGCAGGGGAGAGCAUGGCUCAGCGGAUGGUCUGGGUGGACCUGGAGAUGACAGGAUUGGAUAUUGAGAAGGAUCAGAUUAUUGAGAUGGCCUGUCUGAUAACUGACUCUGAUCUUAACAUUUUGGCCGAAGGUCCCAACCUGAUUAUCAAACAGCCGGAUGAGUUGCUGGACAGCAUGUCAGAUUGGUGCAAGGAGCAUCAUGGGAAGGGCACUCGAUGACAUUAGCGAAAGCAUCAAAGAGCUUCAGUUUUACCGAAAUAACAUCUUCAAGAAAAAGACAGACGAAAAGAAGAGGAAAAUUAUAGAAAAUGGGGAAAAUGAGAAGACUAUGAGUUGAUGCCAGUUCUCAAGCUGCACAGCCCACCUAGUUCGUCAGAAGCCACUUUAGUGUCUCCCUCCCGCUGGUGACUCGGCAGAACACCUUUUCUAAAGAAAAAAAAAAAAUUCCACUUACCUUUGCAUCUCCAGACUCCUUAA